GGAAGUAGAUUAAAAGUUUGAGUUCAUCUCCCGCUUCUUGUAACACUGACAUGUUACAAUGGAUAGACGCAAAUGGGAGAUUAUACUCACACAUUUUCAGGCAUGUGUACGCGGAUACUUGGUGAGAAAUGAAAUUCGUCGUGCGAGAGAGGAUUUUGAAGACAUCGUGAGAGAAAUUGAUGGAGGUUUAGAUCAUCUGAAGUGGGUGAAGAUAUCAGCCCUCUCUAUCCCCCACUUCACAGACACUGAUGGUUCUGUUCAACCCAACACCUCUGCUCUAAAAUGUCCAAAUCCAAGAACCGACAUUGGUGUCGGUUCCCAGAGUCCACCAGCAGCUGAGGAGGAGAGAGGAGGAGAGGACAGUCUUCUUCCAGAGAAGAUGGAAGCAGAGAGGGAUGUUUCACAAACCAAAAGGCAGGCUUCCCUCCCUGCAGACUGUUUUCCCAGCAGCUCCACUGAUGGGGAUGGAGAGAAGCAGAAACAGAGAGGAGCGGAAGAUAAAGAUGGAGGGAGCAUGGAGAACAUGGGUUACACCACUCCUGUCUGGAGCAGUGUGGACAUGGACACGGACUGUAGUCAACAGUGCCUUUUUGCCAUCCGUCCUCCAGAUCCCCGGCAGUACUGCUUGGCUCAGGAGGUGCCCCAUACCCCUGAGGCUCUGCGUCUCCAUAGAAACACCCUGACCAUGGAGCUCCUCUGGCUCCAACAGGCCAUUGACAGCAGGAAAAAGUACUUGUCACUGAAGGAAAGACUGAGUGUGUCCUGACAGCUGAAGAAGCAACAAUGGAAAGCCUGCCUGAAGAUGCUUUUCUAAGUCAAUAUGAGAUAAAAAAAAAAAUGCUCCUAGACUGUAUUUAUUAUCACUUUUGACAGAAUAUAAAACAGGGUCUCUGUGUGCAGGAUGUAUGGAUUGUAAAAUUGUGGCUAGAAGUCGACUGCAAUGUUAUUUUGUAUUUGUUGUUAUUUAUUCCCCUGUUUGUGUGCUGGGGAAAUCUCAACAGUUUUUUUUAUUUUUUCAGCUGUUCAUCACACACAAAGGGUUUUCUAUUUUCACCAGUCAAAUCACCUGUUACUUGCUGAUAACUGAUGUGAGUCAUUAAGGCCUACAUAUCUGUCCAUCUGUAAUUAAUGUCUUAAUUUUUCCAAAGUCUUAAAGAUGUAAAGAAAUGGGAAGUGGGAUUGUCUUUUUUUUUUUUUUUUUUUUUUAAUUUACUAAAUGUAAAUGAUCAGGAUACUAGAAUCAAAUAAGUUUUAUGUUACAGUGAAAUCUGAUCAAAUUAAUUUUGUUCUUUCUUAUUUUAGUUAUUUUAACCCUUACAGAUCUAACCACCCUUAGCAACCAAACACUGAUCUAAAAUAUGUAAUAACCUUUGAACCACUAAUCCUAUCAAUACAUGUAAAUAAUUCAGGUAAAAUGCAGUUUAUCAGCUUUACACUGGCAGCAAAUUAGACCCCUUUGGAUGUUCAGAGGCUCCAUAAUUAAUGUGGAAACACUGCAACAUUGAUUCAGCAGUAAAACUCAAGUAGACGCUUGUUUUUAUGAUUGAUUUACUUUGUUGAAAACGUCACUUUCGCUUCAGUUUCCUCUGUUUUGAUAUGAUAACCUUAAAUUUACAGUAGAUAAAAUGCUAAAUCACUUAGGAUAGGUUAAGUGCUGUUACUACAGAAACAGAACUAGGUCUUUAAGAGUUAAAGAUUGUCAUAAAUUUCAUUCCUAGUCAUGCACAAAGUCCUAAUCUAUUUUGUUCUCAGCAGCUGGAAUCAUAUUUGUACACUGUAUGUUAUUUAUUUUAUUUUAUGGAAAGAAGAAAUAAACUUUAUUUUUCUAUA